UGCUGCUGGGCUGUGGGUGCCUCUCUUGCUGUGUCUGGGCCUGGUGGUGUGCGCCUACCGUCUCACUGUUUACAUUCUUCCAUAGUCACAGAGCUGAGCUGCUCCCUCUGGUAGCACCAUGUCGAAACCCUUGUCUGACCAUGACAGGAAGAAACAGAUUUCUGUGCGAGGCCUCGCCGGCGUUGAGAAUGUUGCAGAGCUGAAGCAGAGCUUCAACAGACACCUCCACUUCACGCUGGUCAAGGACAGAAACGUAGCAACCAGAAGGGAUUACUACUUUGCCCUGGCCAACACUGUGCGGGAGCACUUGAUUGGCAGGUGGAUUAGAACCCAGCAGCACUACUAUGAGAAAGAUCCCAAACGUGUGUACUACAUCUCCCUUGAGUUUUACAUGGGCCGCACACUCCAAAACACCAUGGUGAACCUGGCGCUGGAGAACGCCUGUGAUGAGGCCACGUACCAGUUGGGUCUGGAUAUGGAGGAGUUGGAGGACAUGGAGGAAGAUGCAGGUCUGGGUAAUGGUGGCCUGGGUCGUCUUGCUGCCUGUUUCCUGGACUCCAUGGCGUCCCUGGGUCUGGCUGCCUAUGGUUAUGGUAUUCGUUAUGAAUUCGGUAUCUUCAAUCAGAAAAUCGUCAAUGGCUGGCAGGUUGAAGAGGCUGAUGAUUGGCUGCGCUAUGGCAACCCCUGGGAGAAGGCACGUCCUGAGUACAUGCGGCCUGUGCGUUUCUAUGGCAGGACCGAGCAUCACCAUGACGGCGUCAAAUGGGUUGAUGCACAGGUCGUGUUGGCUCUGCCAUACGACACCCCUAUCCCUGGCUACAGAAACAACGUUGUCAACACCAUGAGGCUGUGGUCUGCGAAGGCCCCCUGCGAUUUCAACCUUAAAGACUUCAAUGUUGGUGGCUACAUUCAGGCUGUGCUGGACAGAAACUUGGCUGAGAACAUCUCCCGUGUUCUUUAUCCCAACGACAAUUUCUUUGAAGGAAAGGAGCUCCGUCUGAAGCAAGAAUACUUUGUGGUGUCUGCCACCCUGCAAGACAUCAUCCGCCGUUUCAAGGUCUCCAAGUUUGGCUCCAGGGAGAUUGUUCGCACAGACUUCAACAAACUGCCUGACAAGGUUGCCAUCCAGUUGAAUGACACUCACCCCGCCAUGGCUAUUCCUGAGCUGAUGAGAGUUCUGGUUGAUGAAGAGAAGCUGUCGUGGGAUAACGCCUGGGACAUCUGUGUGCGUACCUGCGCUUACACCAAUCACACCGUCCUCCCCGAGGCCCUGGAGCGUUGGCCAGUCGAUCUGUUUGCACAUCUGCUUCCCCGUCACCUGGAAAUCAUCUACGAGAUCAACCGCCGCCACCUGGAGAGAGUUGCAGCCAAGUACCCGGGUGAUAAUGGUCGUCUGUGCCGCAUGUCUCUCAUUGAGGAGGGUGGACAGAAGAGGAUCAACAUGGCCCAUUUGUGCAUCGUGGGUUCCCAUGCUGUUAACGGCGUGGCCCAGAUACACUCCGACAUCCUCAAAGCCACAAUUUUCAAGGACUUCUUUGAAAUGGAGCCGAAAAAGUUCCAAAACAAGACCAAUGGCAUCACUCCUCGCCGCUGGCUGGUGAUGUGCAACCCCGGGCUAGCUGAGGUCAUCGCUGAGAGAAUUGGCGAGGACUUCAUUCGUGACCUCGACCAGCUGCAGGGUCUCCGCAAGUACGUCAACGACGAGGCUUUCAUCCGUGAUAUUGCUAAAGUGAAACAGGAAAACAAGUUGAAGUUUGCCGUGCACCUGGAGGAGCACUACAAGGUGAAGAUCAACCCCAACUCCAUGUUUGACAUUCAAGUCAAGAGAAUUCACGAAUACAAGAGACAGCUGCUCAACUGCCUGCACAUCAUCACCUAUUACAACCGCAUCAAGAAGGAGCCCAACAAGCAGUGGACUCCAAGAACUGUCAUGAUUGGAGGCAAGGCUGCUCCUGGGUACCACACUGCAAAGAUGAUUAUCCGUUUGAUCACAGCUAUCGGUGAGGUGGUCAACAACGAUCACGUGGUCGGAGAUCGCCUGAAAGUCAUCUUUUUGGAGAACUACAGAGUCACACUGGCAGAGAGAGGGAUCCCCGCAGCCGACCUGUCACAGCAGAUCUCCACAGCUGGCACUGAGGCCUCUGGCACCGGCAACAUGAAGUUCAUGCUGAACGGCGCCCUGACCAUCGGUACCAUGGACGGAGCCAAUGUGGAGAUGGCCGAGGAGGCCGGCGAGGACAACUUGUUCAUCUUUGGCAUGAGAGUGGAUGAUGUUGAUGAACUUGACAAGAAAGGAUACCAUGCUGAAGAGUACUACAACCGCCUGCCGGAGCUGAAACAGGCUAUUGACCAGAUCGCUGGAGGCUUCUUUAGCCCAAAGCAGCCUGACCUGUUUAAGGAAAUCAUCAACAUGCUGAUGCAUCAUGACAGAUUUAAGGUUUUCGCUGACUAUGAAGAUUAUAUGAAAUGCCAGGAUAAAGUCAAUGCUCUUUACAAGAACCCCAAGGAAUGGACCAAGAAGGUGAUCUACAACAUUGCCGGAUGUGGCAAGUUCUCCAGCGACCGCACCAUUGCUCAGUACGCUCGUGAGAUCUGGGGCAUGGAGCCCACACUGGAGAAACUCCCCGCCCCUGAUGACAAGCUUUAAAACUGUCCAUGUGACAGCUGACCGACGCCCCAACGCUGAGCAGGCAGAACGUUAACAUUUUUCAUAAGUGCAUAUUAACAGUAUCCUGGGGACAGGCGGAUGUAGAAAAACCCUUUACUGGAGUUAUUUAGAGAGCUGCAGAAUCAUUGUUCACCUGUUUACAACUGGAUAGAAGAGCUUUUUUGUGGGUUUGUGAAUUUACCGAUAAUAAUGUUUUUAUUUAAAAAAGGAAAAGUAAACUCAAAAAAAUCCCACUCAAACUCAUUCUGAAUAAAAUUUGUCCCACAAUGAC